AUGGCUCUCUUUCGAUUUGCCUCUUCUCGGAAGCUUCCGUUGUUGCUUUGCAGUAGAAAUGUUGAUCAAUUCGACCUGCCAUGCUUUGGAUCGCUUCGAGCUGCUUUCUUCUCGACUCAGAGGCUCAUAGGCGAUGAGCCAGUUCUUGUUCGGGAGUUCAUACACACAGCAUUGUAUGAUCCAAAACACGGCUACUUCUCUCAACGAUCACGAUCUGUUGGGGUUUUGGAGAGAAGCAUUAAGUUCAACCAACUUGAAGGGAGGAAGGCGUACAUGAAGUUACUGGAGAAAGUAUACAAGCAGAGUGACAUUUCUUGGUUUACUCCAGUGGAGCUCUUCAAGCCUUGGUAUGCUCAUGGGAUUGCAGAAGCUAUACUGCGUACCACAAAUCUCUCUGUUCCAUUAAAGAUAUAUGAAAUCGGUGGUGGAUCUGGCACCUGUGCGAAGGGUGUAUUGGACUACAUAAUGUUGAAUGCUCCUGAGAGAAUCUACAAUAACAUGACCUACACUUCUAUAGAAAUCAGUCCUUCACUGGCUGAGAUUCAAAAGGAGACUGUUGCACAAGUUGGAAGUCAUCUAUCAAAGUUCCGAGUUGAGUGUCGUGAUGCAUCUGACCUAUCUGGAUGGAGGAAUGUGGAGCAACAACCGUGUUGGGUGAUAAUGCUCGAGGUGCUAGAUAAUCUCCCACACGAUCUUGUGCAUUCCAAAAGUCAAAUUUCCCCAUGGAUGGAAGUCUUGGUUGAAAACAAACCAGAGAGCGAAGCACUCUCUGAGCUAUACAAGCCUUUAGAAGAUCCACUGAUCAAGCGCUGCCUUGAGAUUGUUGAACAUGAAGAUGAUCCGAUUUCGAAACCAAGAGAAAUCUGGUCCAAACUAUUUCCCAAACCUAGACGUAGUUGGCUUCCGACAGGUUGUUUGAAACUGCUAGAGGUUUUACAUGAAAAGCUGCCAAAGAUGUCUCUAAUAGCUUCGGACUUUAGCUUCUUGCCCGAUGUGAAAGUUCCUGGUGAAAGAGCCCCAUUGGUUUCAACAAAGAAAGAUGGAUUAAGCUCAGAUUACAGUAGUUACCUGGACGCAAAGGGUGAUGCUGAUAUAUUUUUUCCGACCGAUUUCUGGCUAUUGGAACGACUGGACCAUUAUUGCUCUGGAUGGAGGAAGACGGAGAAAGACGGGACACCAUCGAAAAAAGGAAGGAAAAGGCGAACACUCACGCUCGAUACAUCAGCGUUCAUGGACGAGUUUGGUUUACCAACAAAGACGAGAACAAAGGACGGAUACAACCCUUUACUAGAUGACUUCAAAAACACUAAAUUCUAUCUUAGUGUCCCAACACACAACACUAAGUAA